AUAAGAUAGAAGAACCAAUAAAUAAAUCAGAAACAACCUGUUUGUUUUAGAUCAGAGAUGUCUGUAAAUAACAGAGAUCCUCUUGUGGUAGGGGGAGUGAUAGGGGACGUUCUUGAACGGUUCACAAGAUCAAUCGAUCUAAGGGUUACAUACGGCCAAAGAGAGGUGACAAAUGGGUUGGAUAUAAGGCCUUCUCAAAUUCUCAACAAGCCAAGAGUUGAGAUUGGUGGAGAAGACCUAAGGAACUUCUAUACUUUGGUUAUGGUGGAUCCAGAUGUUCCAAGUCCUAGCAACCCGCACCUACGAGAAUAUCUCCAUUGGUUGGUGACUGAUAUCCCUGCGACAACUGGAACAAACUUUGGCAAUGAGAUUGUGUCUUACGAGAAUCCAAGGCCCACCUCGGGAAUUCAUCGUAUCGUGCUGGUGUUGUUCCGGCAGCUCGGGAGGCAAACGGUGUAUGAACCAGGGUGGCGCCCACAAUUUAACACUCGUGAGUUUGCUGCGCUAUACAAUCUCGGCCUUCCCGCGGCUGCGGUUUACUUCAAUUGUCAGAGGGAUAAUGGCUGCGGAGGACGAAGAAGUUAGAUCGAUGGGCUUCUUCCUUAGAUCAAUUGACUUUACACGCCCUAAUGAGAUUAAAGCAUCUAUAGUACUAUAAUAAGUAUUUUUAUGAUACGAGUAAUGAACGGUGAUAAUGACUACAAUAAUUUAAAAUGUAUUAAUAAAUCAGAGGGGGAAACAAAUGAGAGUGUUUUUACUUAAAUGGUGUGUGAUGCAAUAUUUUCUACAUGAAAUAUAAGUGUUAUA